AUGGUUUUCGAGCCGGUUACUCAUGUGAUAUUUGAUUUUGAUGGGUUAUUAGUUGAUACGGAGCCUGCGUAUACAAUUGCGAAUUCAGAGAUUUUGAAGGAAUUUGGAAAGGAAUUCACUAUGGAUUUGAAAAGAAGUAAGUCGAAAUCAGGUCUGAUCGGAAUAGGAUAGAUUCUUGGAGCCAUUCCGAUCAGGUCUGCCCGAAUUUGGACAACACCUGCAUUUUUGAUUUUUCUAGGACAAAUGGGUAAAAAACACGAUGAAGCAAUUCGCUGGCUGAUAAAUGAAAUGGAAAUCGGACAUUUGAUCACCGAACAAGAAUAUUCACAAAAAUAUGAUCGAAUUUUGAAUGAACUUUUCUUAAAAAGUGAAGCAUUGCCUGGAGCUGAAAAACUUGUGCGAUAUUUGAUUGAGAAAGGUUCGUACACUUCAAAAAUUUAUGAUCUUUGACACGAAACAGUGUUUUUUUCCAGAUAUUCCGGUUGCAUUAUGCACUGGUUCUUGUAGUCGAACAUUUCCACCAAAGGCGAAAAAUCAUGCAGAUUGGUUGGAUCUUAUUAAAUUGCAAGUUUUGUCGGGCGAUGAUCCGGAAGUGAAAUUUGGAAAACCACAUCCUGAUCCAUUUUUGGUUACUAUGAAAAGGUUGGUUUUUUUGUUAAAAAAUAGAGAAAAAUCCUAGGAAUCACAAAAAACAACAAUGUUUUCUAGUCCAUGGAAGAGAAAUCCAAAUCUCGUUUAAUCUUGUUUUGCACCAAAAAACAACACACUGAGACCUGCACAGAAGCUAAUAUAUUGUUUCCGUGCAAUUUUGAGUCACGGUGUAUGCGACUUUUUCAAUUAUCGUUUUAUUUUGCGCGGGAAGAAUAAUACAGAUAAACACGUUCACAUUAAACACUUCAAGAGAUUUAUUCAAGUUUUCUUUUCUCCUGCCGGUUUCUCUUUCUUUUCUUCUUCCGCCUCGGAAUCUGUUUCAUAUUGAUAUCCCCUUCGGAGGCCCUGUUCACGAGCUUGUUUCUGCAAAAAAUCAUUCCUCAUUUUCCUGAUCAAAAAUAAUUCUAACUCACGAUCCUCUUUUUCCUCUCCCCAGAAACGUCUUCGCGCGGGAAGAGGGGCUUCUUUUUGCCCCUCUUCUUUGGCGCCUUCUUUGCGGCUCUUCUAGCCACUUUUUUCGGCUCAGCUUCAUUCACCAUUUUUUAUACAAAUUUAGAAAUAUCUAAUCACACCAAGCAAGUCUAUUUAUACAAAACAUUUACACGUCAUUUAGGUUAUUUGUGGAAGAUAAGAUCUAACGUGUAAAAAAUAUUAUGUUCAUUUUUUUUGAAAAAAUAAAACGCGAGAAUUAUUGUAAUUGAAAUGGCUUGGAAAUGGAGCACUUCUCAAAAUUUAUGUAUGAAACUCAGAACUUCACAAAAAUCUGCAUAAUCUUCAGAUUCUCAUCCCAACCCGCCUCGCCAAAAAAUGUCCUAGUUUUCGAAGAUUCGUAUAAUGGUGUAUUAUCUGCACUUGCAGCCGGAAUGCAAUGUGUCAUGGUCCCAGAUCGAUCGAUUUUUGACCCGAAUUCGGAUUUGGAAUUCAAGUAAGUCAUUUUUAUCUUGAUAACGGGAAAAAAACUUUAUAAUAUUUUCAGAAACCGCGUCACUCAAAUCCUCGACAAUUUAGAACAAUUUGAUCCAAGUUUUAUUCAAAAGCCAUGA